AUGGCAGAAAAAAAAGAAGAGCUGUCCCCCCACAAAUGUUCUAGGGUCAAAUUUGUGGUGGACAACCAGCGGGUCAGCAACUUUUUGCUGGCGGAGAUGAAAAGCAACGUGAUCGAUGCUCAUUUAGGCUUCCUGCAACUUAACUAUAAAUACAAAAUAGCGAUCGAGGUAAACAAAUACUUGGGUGAAUGCAUCGUUUGCACCAACAACCACGAAAACUGUAACCUCAACGAAAUCGAACCAAAUACAAACCAUACUAAACACCGAAUGUUAGUAACAUUGAAAGCACACCAAGAUUUGAACAUGGUUGAGCAGCUGAAUUUAAUAGCGAACGAUGAUAGGUCGUACACCCUGUUGCUGACAGCUCAAGUUAUAAGUUAG